ACCAACGCAGCUCAUCUGUCUUCGGAGGCAGAAAACGAAAAUCUUCACGCAGACCCGCGAAAUGUAACCAUUUCCUUUCAUGACACGUGUAAAGGCUCAAUGGUUAAACACUUGCACUUCGAUCAACGGUGUAUGUGUGUGGCGCGUAUUAAUCAUUUUCAUUCCUACUGCAACAUAUUCAUGUGAUGUGUUCUGUUUGUCACGGAACUGUCGAGAGUCAUGUGAUUUCUCUCCGGACGCCGUUAGGCCGCGCACUGUUUACCUUCCGUCACAGGAUUGACGGACUUAUUUCUCGCCAAAUGUAUUCUGUUGGUUCAGAGCGUUUAAUUCAGCAAGCGAGGGAGAUCCAGGAGUCUGAGCUGCAGAGGUUCUACAGCAGGCUGGUGAAGCAGCUGCAGGCGAAGGAGCUCGGUCAUGAGGCUGUGGACUCCCUGCAGAGGCUGCACCUCAUCCUGUCCGCGUGCAAAGACUCGAGGAUGCUGCCCUCGGAUCUUCAGAAGAGGCUCUUGAGCCUUCUGUCUUCACCAUCAGAGCAGAUUCAGGUGCUGACCUCCGCUGUGCUGAGAGAAACACUGCCUCUCUCUGGUCAGGAAGUGAACUACAGCUCGAUGAACAGCCACUCUGCAGCCAUGCUGCUCUCCCAGGCUGCAUCGGGAGCCGAACUCUCAUCUCUGUGCAGUCACCUCCUCAGCAGGCUGGACGGCAGGUCCCCAGACAGCCAGGCUCCCACAGUCACACACACGCUGCCCAUCCUCAACGUCCUCCUCACUCACAGCCCAGAGAGCCUCAGCGAAGAUCAUGUGACUCUCCUUUGCAAGAAGCUGGUGGAUUGGCUGCGCUAUGCCAGCAUCACACAGGGAGGCGGAGCUUCCACCGGAGGCUUUUUCACAGGAUCCAGGUCACGUCAGCCGGUGCCCACAGCAGAGCUGGACGGCUCGGUGUCGGGAGACUUCUUCACCGUCCUGUGUGUGGGGCAAGGCUUCACUGAGGACCAGUGGAUGAACGUCUAUUCCUUCUCCAUGCUGCGCCACUGGCUCCUCACCUUCCAUGGUGCAGCCAGCGGCCCAAUGGCGGCAGACCUCGCCAGCUGGCUGCAGCUCAGCCUGUCGCUCUCCCACUCCUGCGCCCCUGACGACCGCUCAGAAGUGGACGGCUCGCUGGUCUCCAUGGUCUCCGCCACCUCCUCCUCCAGCCGCCUGCUGCCUCCCAAGGAGCGUCUGAGAGAGAAGACGCUGCAGUACUGCCUGCGUCUCAUCGAGCAGAGCGACCGCAAGGCGCAGAAGCGCAUCGACGUGGAGCUGCAGAAAGUGUGCCUGGUGGAGGCGGUGUGCAUCCUGGAUGGUGUGUGUGAGGAAGACCCCUCGCUGGUCUACCGAGCCUUCCCCUGCAUCAAGGCCCUCUUCAGCCGGCUCAACACCGACCUGUCCUUCGCCAGAGUCCUGCUGCCCAUCGCCCAGUUCUACCUGCAUCACGGUGAGAUGGCAGCAGUGGAGUGUGAGAGUGUGUGGAAGCUGGUGUUUGGCCGCUUCCCCGCCGAGCUUUUCAAUGACCCCUUCCUGGCCCACGAGCUCCUACGCUUCCUCCGAGUCAACGUGAAGAGCCUGGAGCUGCGGGUCCCCCUCUACACCCGCUCCUUCCCAAACCUGCUGAAGUUCUUGGCCUGGGACAGUGCGGCUGUUGUGGAGGACUUUGUCGACCUGCUGCCCUCUCUGGUGACCCCUGGAACUGCAGUGGAGCUGCUGCACACCCUGCUGGACCUGCCGUGCCUCAGCGCCACGCUCAUCCUGCAGCUCAGGUCAGCCAGCCUGGCCAUCUCUGAGCAGGGGGGCCGGACCUUCAGGUCCCUGGAUGCCUUUCGCAACCCAACCCUGAGAGGACUCUUCCUUUUCCUGCUACGAGGAGAAUCAGGAUCAGGUUUAUUAAGCCUUUACUACCAUCAUGCUGAGGAAUCUCAUGUGAAGAGCGAGGUGUGGUUGGAUCCGUCUGUGGCUGCUGCUGUGGUGGCUCUGGGGUUUGGGCAGACUGCUGUGCUGUGGGGUCUGGAGCACAUGGCCAGGACAAACCUUGGUCCCGGUGGCUCCAGCUCUGCUCGAUCCUGUCUUGCAGGCGACACCAUCGACCGCCUCAGCUCCCUCCACAGUCUCCUCUCUGAAGCGGCCGAGUGGCCCCGGGUGCUCCAGUGUUCCCAGGUUGUCCCGCCGCUGCUGCACAUCUACUUCGACGCCGUGGUGGCGGUCGCCGACGAGCGGCUGCUGGCUCACCUGCUGCAGGUGCAGCUGGAACGCAGUAGUCUGCUGCUGAACGUGCCCAAGUACAUCCAGCAGGUUCACAGAGUGUUCAGCUGCCAUCUGCUGAGACUAUGCAAGCUCCACCCGUCUCUGGUGGUGGACCAGUCUCACGAACUGCUGGAGUUUGGCGGCACCUCGGCCAACGUCUACAAGAAAGAGGAGCUCUACACACACGUGGUCUGGGUCCUGGGGGAGUACCUGUCUGCGUCAUGCGACUCUCGCUGCUCGGUGUCCCUCAUCACGGCCUGCUUCGAGGCGCUGGAGGCCGUGCUGUUCGAGAUCACCUCCUCGUCGCCGCCCCCGGGUUCAGACUGCCCGGCGCCUCGAGUCAUCACCACGCUCAUGAGUGCCUUGGCCAAGUUGGCGUCCCGGUCACAUGACCUCAUCCCCAGAGUGUCGCUCUUCCUCUCCAAGCUGAGGUCCGGGUCCAGAGCCAGUCCAGUCUGGUGCCCCGACGAGGAGGACCUGGACGCCAUUGUGACACUGGGAGAAGAGCUGUGGUCCCUGCUGAAGAGCCCUGGGGUGGCUCAGAGCGUGCUGACCCCCCCGCCUCAGCUCUCCACUCCCCAGUGGCACCGGGACAUCAACGUGGCCACGCCCCUACAGCUGCGGGCCCUGACCGGCCUCACGCCCUCGCCGUGACGCUCGCCAUGACUGCCUUUUCCAGCACAUAAACGCUCGAUGAAAGAAACCACGAGGCCAUGUCGUUCUUUUCUGCAGCAGGUGCAGUAGGUGUUGACAUGCUCCCACCAGAGUGACCCAGUGGGUCAGUGACACCAGGAAGGAAGGGUCUGAUCCACCCCAGCAGGAGCACUAAGCAUUGCUGGCUCCCAGAGAAACUUGAUCUCUAGCUCAAUCUGAAAUAUCAACUUUGAUGCAUUCAGCGUUCACAUCAGCAAUGUCACGACGAAUCGCUCAAUUGAGCUCAUUAUGUUAUUUAUUGUUCUGUCAGGAUCAUGGAUCAGGAUCUUCUGUUGCUUCUUUAGAUAGUGAAUCAUAUUUGUACAUGAUUUCUAUGAUUUGCUUCAGCAUCACAAGUCCAUGAACAAAACCAGCUUUGAUCACCAUCAAGUGCAAGAUUAAAGCGCCAUGUGGGCCAGUGUUUCUCCUGCGGAGUCAAUCUUUGGCACUGGGCGGGUGAAAGGUCAAACAAAUAAACCCCAUCACAUUUUAACAGA